UUCAUGGUUCCGAGAGAGAGUAGGUCGAUCCAGCGGCUGCACAGAUUGCACAUAAAUAAGAGUUGAACCCGGGUCCGUUUGCGGGCCUGUGGACCGGUACACCAUCGAAUAACCGCCGUCAAACCCGAACAAACGGAGAUAUGGAACUUUAAAACAGAUUUGUUCACGUGUUUUGUUAUUCUUCUGAUGCCGGAGAGUCUGUGCACGCGAUCACACGGAGAAAACGGACUUCUCUCUUCAACAUGGAGAUACCAAUCAGUCAGCAGUGCAGCAGCUGUGACGCGCCGGCCGCCAGAUGUUGGUGCGUGGACUGUAACGAAGCGCUGUGUGACGUCUGCGUGUCGGCGCAUCGCAGAGUGACCGUCACCAGAUCUCACCGGAUCCUCAACCAGCCGCAAGAAGGAGGCGUCUCGACUUGUCCCACCAAGUUCUGCAGACUCCACCCGUCGGAGCCGCUCAAACUCUUCUGCUUCACCUGCAACAUGCUCACCUGCAGAGACUGCCAGCUCACGGCUCACAUGAACCACAGGUAUCAGUUUGUCAGUGAAGCGUUGGACAGUUUGAAGAAGGAGCUGAAGGAUUGUGUUCGGCCAAUCAGAGAACAGCGAGACAACGCGUGGAAGAGUCUGCAGGACAUGGAGACCAGGCUGCGGGAUAUCGCUGACAGCGAGGCCAAUCUGUCGUCUGAGCUGCAGCGCUCGUACUUGUUCCUGACUCAACAAAUCAAAACGAGGAUGGAAGACAUUUUGAAAAAUGUUAAGACGGUUUGUGAAACGGAGACCCAGCUGAUUCAGACAAAGAUGAACAAGUUGAAGCAGCUGCUGAAGGAUCAAGAUUCGGUCGCUAAAUUCACCGAAAAUGCCCGAAAAAGUAACGACGUGUCGACCCUGACUGCCUACAAUGUUCAGAUCAAGUCUCAUGUGAAGGCUUUCCACAAUCUGAACCUGUCUCCUCCUCAGCGUAUGUCCCAGCUCUGGGUCAGCACUGACAAGGUGUCACUGGAGGCCAUUUUGAACUUUGGUCGACUCAACGUUAAUUGGGUCCCUUUCUCCGUCUCAAAUACCUCCAAUCAGAACGCUCCAUCAUCCUCCUCUUCCUCUCCCUCCCUCGCCUCUCCCUCCCCUUCCUCUCCCUCUCUCGCCUCUCCCUCCUCUUCCUCUCCCUGUCCGCCCCCCCUCGGUGGACCCUCCCCCCAAACCAGGACUCUCAUCUCGCCUCCGGCUAAAUGUUCCUCCACGACAUCGACGUCCUGUCCCAGCCAGACGUUUCUAUCCACUUCCUCUUCUCCGUCUUUAGUCCCGCCCCCUCCAGACCAUCUGGCUCCAUCCCAGAAGACGAUCUCCGAUCAGUUCGUGACUCCGCCUCUGAGAACCGCGAACACAGACUCACCUGUUCCUCCCAACUGUCCCGCUACUUCCUGGAAGUCCUCGUCCAAUCAACAGAGUCUUCCUCCUACAUCUUCCAAUCAUUCCAAAGCUCUCAUGACAGCGAGCGUCACUCAAACGGUCCGGCAUCCGAAGAAACACAGACAGACAGUUUCUGACUCCGAGAACAGCCAGCGUCCCCGCUUCGCCGUCCUCGAACUCGUCCAACAGUCUCUGGUUGCUCAGCAACCGGCCACUGCCGCCGUGCUGCUGAGCAACACUCAGAGCGCGUACCAGGUGUCCUGCUUCGCGCUGCUGCCGGCCGCACUGCCGGCCACGCUGCCGGCCGCGCGGCCGCUCAGGCAGAUAGCACCAGGAAACACCGGCCCCGAACCACAGAAGAGCCUGAUGGGAACUAUCGUCCCAGUUUCAACCCCAGGACAGUUGACUCCGGUCCCCGCCCCCAUUACUGGAAACCAGAUCUCUGUCGUGCCGAGUCCCACGGCGGUGCCACGCCAAACGCUGGAAGAACAGCAUCAACGUCUGAAAGAAGUAAACUCCUCUUCAACCAGCCACGCUGCGUCACCGUCCUGCGAGCAGCGUCUCCGCCCGGAUAUCGACCCUCGGCCCUCUUCUCCCAAACAACAGCAGCAGCAGAACAAUCCGGUGGUGAGGGCCGUGGCGGACUCCGCCUGCGACGGUGGCGUGCAGCAGUUCGCCCCGAGGCAGCAGGAACCUGCAGAGAACGAACCCACCUCCACCAUGUCCGAAGAACUGUCGCCUGCAGGAGAACCGUCUGCAGCUGAUGCAUCGGACAGAUACGCAGAAGAACGAGAAGCAUUGGACAGAGACACUGAAGUCUCGGACAGAGAUGCUGAAAUGGUCUCGGACAGAGAUGCUGAAGUAGUCUCGGACAGAGAUGCUGAAGUAGUCUCGGACAGAGAUGCUGAAGUAGUCUCGGACAGAGAUGCUGAAGUAGUCUCGGACAGAGAUGCUGAAGUAGUCUCGGACAGAGAUGCUGAAGUAGUCUCGGACAGAGAUGCUGAAGUAGUCUCGGACAGAGAUGCUGAAGUAGUAACGGACAGAGAUGCUGAAAUAGUCUCAGAAAGAGAUGCUGAAGUAGUCUCGGACAGAGAUGCUGAAGCAGUCUCAGACAGAGAUGCUGAAGUAGUAACGGACAGAGAUGCUGAAGUGGUCUCGGACAGAGAUGCUGAAGCGGUCUCGGACAGAGAUGCUGAAGCGGUCUCGGACAGAGAUGCUGAAACGGUCUUGGACAGAGAUGCUGAAACGGUCUUGGACAGAGAUGCUGAAACGGUCUUGGACAGAGAUGCUGAAGCGGUCUCGGCCAGAGAUGCUGAAGCGGUCUCGGACAGAGAUGCUGAAGCGGUCUCGGACAGAGAUGCUGAAGCGGUCUCGGACAGAGAUGCUGAAAUGGUCUCGGACAGAGAUGCUGAAGUAGUCUCGGACAGAGAUGCUGAAGUAGUCUCGGAAAGAGAUGCUGAAGUAGUCGCGGACAGAGAUGCUGAAAUAGUCUCAGACAGAGAUGCUGAAAUAGUCUCAGACAGAGAUGCUGAAGCAGUCUCUGACAGAGAUGCUGAAGUAGUAACGGACAGAGAUGCUGAAAUGGUCUCAGACAGAGAUGCUGAAAUGGUCUCAGACAGAGAUGCUGAAAUGGUCUCAGACAGAGAUGCUGAAAUGAUCUCAGACAGAGAUGCUGAAGCAGUCUCUGACAGAGAUGCUGAAGUAGUAACGGACAGAGAUGCUGAAAUGGUCUCAGACAGAGAUGCUGAAGCAGUCUCUGACAGAGAUGCUGAAGUAGUAACGGACAGAGAUGCUGAAAUGGUCUCAGACAGAGAUGCUGAAAUGGUCUCAGACAGAGAUGCUGAAAUGGUCUCAGACAGAGAUGCUGAAAUGGUCUCAGACAGAGAUGCUGAAGCAGUCUCUGACAGAGAUGCUGAAGUAGUAACGGACAGAGAUGCUGAAGUAGUCUCGGACAGAGAUGCUGAAGUGGUCUCGGACAGAGAUGCUGAAGCGGUCUCGGACAGAGAUGCUGAAGCGGUCUCGGACAGAGAUGCUGAAGCAGUAUUGGACAGAGAUGCUGAAAUAGGCUCUGACAGAGAUGCCAAAGUAACGGACAGAGACGCUGACUCAUCGGACAGACACCCCGUAGUAUCGGACGGAGACACCGUAGUAUCGGACGGAGACACCGUAGUAUCGGACGGAGACACCGUAGUAUCAGACAGAGAUGCUGAUGAACUUGAACUUUCACUUGAGGUCACGGAAAGUGAAGCUGAAGAACCUGCAGCUGAAGCAUCGGAGACAGACGCUGGAGUGUCUGAAGCAAACGCCGGAGUAUCGGACAGAGACACCGUAAUAUCGGACAGAGACACCAUAGUAUCGAACAGAGACACCAUAGUAUCGAACAGAGACACCGUAGUAUCGGACAGAGACACCGUAGUAUCGGACAGAGACACCGUUGUAUCGGACAGAGACACCAUAGUAUCAGACAGAGAUGCUGAAGUAUUGGACAGAGACACCGUAGUAUCGGACAGAGAUGCUGAAGAAUCGGACAGAGACACCGUAGUAUCGGACAGAGACACCAUAGUAUCAGACAGAGAUGCUGAAGUAUCGGACAGAGACACCGUAGUAUCGGACAGAGACGCCGUAGUAUCGGACAGAGACACCGUAGUAUCGGACAGAGACACCGUAGUAUCGGACAGAGACACCGUAGUAUCGGACAGAGACGCUGAAGAAUCGGACAGAGACACCGUAGUAUCGGACAGAGACACCGUAGUAUCGGACAGAGAUGCAGAAGAGCUUGAUCUUUCACUUGAGGUCACGGAAAGUGAAGCUGAAGCAUCGGAGACAGACGCCGGAGUGUCGAACAGAGACGCUGAACCUGAAAUAUCGGACGGAGACGCUGGAGUGUCAGAUCGAGAUGCUGAAGAACCUGUAGUGUCGGACGGAGAAGCUGGAAUAUCGGACGGAGACGAUGGAGUGUCCAAGUGCAGUUCGAGCCAAUGGCAGCCCAGAGUGUCUCUGUUCAGGCUGCCUGUGCCUUCGCAGCGCCACAAACGUCCCCUACCUUCUUUUCGUUUGCUCGCCGGCGAAGCUGAUGAUGAGAUUUACCUGGAAGAGAUGAGCCAGGAGACUCCGUCCCUCUCUGAUGACCUCACAGAUGACUCCACAGAUGACUUCGGUAUGCCGUCGCCUCCCGGCUCGCCUCCCGGCUCGCCUCCCGGCUCGCCUCUGGCUGUGCAGAUGGUCGCCUGCUCCGCCUGCCGAUUGGCCAACGCGUCCAUCAUCUGUAUGUCCUGCGGCCGCGGAUUCCACCAAGACUGCCACAUUCCUCCGGUCCGUCCGGACAUCAUGUCGGACUGGAUAUGCUCGCUGUGCCAGGACCUGUCGGACCCCUCGGACCCCUUCCUGUCCCACCGCCCACAGAGACCUGCGAGUCUCGGCCUCAGUCUGCUCAACCAGAGGAGAUGUGAGAAGCUGUUGCUGCUCCUGAAGGUGAAGGCCAGCAGUCGACUCUCUGAGGGAGGGUGCGGUCGCCACGUCGUGGCUCACCUGGACUGGAUGAAGGAUCGUCUGACUCGCGGCUCACCUGCCUAUCAGACAGCUGCAGACUUCCUGUCUGACGUCCGGAGGCUCUUCAGAGACGCUGCACCGGGUGACUCCUUUCUGAAUAAUCUGCAGAAGAGGAUGAGGAGUUUGAGCGCGGCGUUUAUGGCCGAAGAGAAGUCUACUGCCGGCGCGUCGCUCGGCGCCAACGUGGCCGCAGACGCACCAGAGAGCGAGGGGUCAAAGGUCACGGCGCAGGAAGAACCGGAAGUGAUGUCAUACGAGGCCAGACUGAAGGAGACGAGGAAGAGGCUGCGGGAGGCUCUGAUGGACGUGUGUCUCUCCAAGAGGAGGAAGACAGAACCACCCUCCGAGGAUUCUGGGAACUGAAGUUCAAACUGUCGGAGGGUUGGAGGCACUACAAGAGGAGGAAGAUGGAACUUUUCCCUGAGGAUUCUGGGAACUGAAGUCCUGUGUGUGUGUGUGUGUGUGUGUGUGUGUGUGUGUGUGUGUGUGUGUGUGUGUGUGUGUGUGUGUGUGUGUGUGUGUGUGUGUGUGUGUGUGUGUGUGUGUGUGUGUGUGUGUGUGUGUGUGUGUGUGUGUGUGUGUGUGUGUGUGAAGGGAUACAGCUACGGUCCAAAGUUACACUAAAUCUCCCAAAAUCUAAACUAACCUAAUCUCAUUUUAAUCAGGAGGUCAACUAUAAGGGUUGCACAAUGGCCCACAGACACACACACAGAAAAAGUUGUAUUUGUACGUUCAGUUCUUCAGACUCUGAAGUGUGUGUGUGUGUG